UUGAAACAUCUCGGUCCAAAUACAAGAGGCUCAAUCACUAAACACAUCAAAGUCAACUUUUUUUUUCAAUUAAAUAGUGCUACAAGCAGGUCUGAUUGGCGCUGAGGUUUCCAUUGGAGACCAUGACGCAAACGGGUUGGAUGUUCUCCCAGCUGAACUAGAUUGUUACAUUAAAUUCCGGCCAGCUUCCUCGUUUGCCGAUCAAUUUGGAGAGGAGAGGAGAAGAGAGGAGAGGUGAAGAGAAGAGAAGAGAGGAGUGGAGUAGAGAGGAGUGGAGUUUGGGGCCGGCUCGGAUCGCGCCGCCUUCACCCCCACCCCCAUCGACUAAUCCCAGCUCCCGAAUUGAUAAGAAACACGUGAAAAGCAUUGCUGUAAAAAGCAGGGUGGGAUUAAACCGGCUAACAUCUCCUCUCUCUCUCGGCUCACCUUCACAGCGCACACCCAUACACUUGGAACAUCUUUAGGGGGUUUGUGAGGUUUUUUUUUUAAAUAGAUAUUUGUUUAGUUGGUGUGAGGCUUGGCAGGAGAAUUCUGUGUUAUUUUUUUUUCCCCUCUCCCGUUCUUCGCUCUCUAAGACGGACCGCGACUUGGCGUUCUACCGACUACCAACCUUGGAAGCCAGGUCUCAACUUCUCCGCCACCAACACCCCGUCGCUUCUCCUUUUGUUGUCGUUGGGGGUUUUUUCCCCCCACCACCCCACUUUUUUUUUUUUUUUUUUUUUUUUUUGCUGCUUUGGCUUUUGGGACCGAACUUGGUUUUUGGUGGAGAGACGGCGAGCAGCAGCAGCAGCGAGCGAGCGAGCGAACAACACACAGUCCAGCGGAAAGUUGAAAACAUGAGUACGAAGGCUGAUGACCAUAAUAAUAACAACAGCAAUGAAGAAGAGGUCCGUACACUAUUUGUCAGUGGUCUUCCUAUGGAUAUCAAACCACGAGAGCUGUAUCUCCUAUUUCGACCUUUUAAGGGGUAUGAAGGUUCGCUGAUCAAACUCACCGCCAAACAGGAACAUAUUGAUAGAAGAAUUAGACCAUACAGCCCCCCGUGUUGGCCCUACAAUUCGCCAGUCGGUUUUGUUACAUUUGACAGUCGAGCUGGUGCAGAAACGGCAAAGAAUGCGUUAAACGGCAUCCGGUUCGAUCCCGAAAACCCGCAAACGCUCAGGCUAGAAUUUGCCAAAGCCAACACGAAGAUGGCCAAGAGCAAGCUGAUGGCGACGCCCAACCCCUCAAACAUGCACCCCGCCCUGGGGGCCCACUUCAUCGCACGGGACCCCUAUGACCUUGGGGGAACGGCACUCAUCCCUGCAUCUCCAGAGGCUUGGGCUCCCUAUCCACUAUACACAACAGAACUGACCCCCGCCAUCCCACAUGCUGCGUUCACCUACCCUGCCGCCGCUGCUGCGGCUGCUGCACUUCACGCUCAGAUGCGCUGGUAUCCUCCUUCUGAAGCUUCACCACAAGGAUGGAAGUCUCGUCAGUUUUGCUAAGUAUAUAACUUCCCCAAUUCGACGACUAAAAGUUUCUCCAUGGAGUGAUUCGCAAGGAUGGACUGGAUUUAGUUUUUGUGGGGUUGUUGUUUGAAGGAGAUAUGGAACAGCUGCAUCAUUUCCUCUGGGAUGGAGCAGUCACUGGCCUGUGGAUUAAGAACUUUUUUGGUGAACUUUGUUGUGGGAGGCCUUGUAACCUGGCAGUGCAGUCGAUCCACGCACCGGCUCUUUUAAGAUGGCACCACCGCUGUGAAGCUUUCAAAAGUUAAGGGUUGACAUCGAAGGAACUGGAUUCCAAAGACCAGCAUGGGAUGUUAGUCUCGUCUUGUGAGAUGUGUCUUUCUUUUCUGUAGAUGUGUCGGCCAUUUUACCCUGUGCCCCCUCGCCUCGUCCCUCUCUGUUCCUCCAAGUCCCCGUAGAUCAGCAUUGUCCAACGUCUGAGGAAGGUUCACAGGAGAUCAAUUAAUCUCCCGACUUGCGAUGCUCUUGACACCAUUCCCUUUGGAAAGGGGGGAGAGGGAGGGGGAGGGGAGGGGAGGGGGGAUGUCACCUCCAUAUUUGAAGCUCUCACAGCCUCCAUUUUAAUUGCCCUGACCAGGUAGCGUGCCUCCACCGGAGAAACCACCUUGCCAAAUAUCAGCUGUUCUUGUUAAAAGUAUUUUGAACAAUAUUGAGUACAAGUAUUUUUGUACUGGUGUAAUGAAGAAUAUUUAUGCAUCAAGGAUUUUUUGUGCAAUUUAAAAAAAAAAAAAUUGUAAUCUGUAUUAUAACUUAAUGUUAGUUCAGUUGCGUUUGGAGAUGCUGAAUAUAGCCCAUACUGGUAGUUUAAAAGUGCAAUUGUAUUGUGUUCUUUGCUUACUUUUGCUGUUCAGUACUGAAGGUAUUAAGAGUGAGGUUGUAAUGCUUGUACAAGGACUGCAAGAUUUUGUGAUGCAAGUCGCUGAUCCUUCUAGAAUGUGAAACUGGAUUAUAAAAGAUGAUGUUAAAUAGU